GCCCCGGUCCUGAAUUUUCGCGACCGGUACAGUUAGGCUUACGUGGCGAUGAUUUAACUCUCAAGUAAUACUCCACUGAUUGUUAUUUAUAUUUGAGGAAACAUGGAGGAUGCAUUAUUGAAAAAGCUUACGGAAGAUGAAACUUUCCUGGAGUUUGUGUCAGCUGACUUUGAUGUGCGGGAUCACACCAAUAGGGUCAUGCAAACGAUGGCCAUAUCUGAUCAGCUGGCCAAAAUGGCUGAAGGAAUCAGCCUUUUGGACAAGGAAUUGCAUGCCCAGGUUGGAGCACAUCACGAAGAUUUGCUAUCACAGGCUACAGGAAUCGAAACACUAGAAGGCGUCCUACAAAUGAUGCAGACAAGGAUUCAAUCAUUACAAGCAGCUGUAGAAAGGAUUCAAACAAAGAUUGUUGAGCCAUACAACAAGAUAGUUGCAAGGACAGCACAGCUCAGAAGGCUUCAAGAGGCUUGUGAUCUGUUAAGACGAAUCAUCAGAAUCUUGUACCUUAGUAAGAGACUUCAUGGACAGCUUCAGGGUGGAGCUAGGGAGAUUACUAAAGCUGCUCAGAGUCUCAAUGAACUAGACUACCUCUAUCAUGGAGUAGAUCUGGCAGGGAUCGAGGUGAUAGAGCAGGAUACACUCUUCAUCAGGAAAGCUCGUAAGGAUGUCGAGAAACAGGCGCAGAAGAUGCUUCAACAAGGCAUGGAAACACAGAACCAGACACAAGUUGCCACAUCCCUGCAAGUGUUUCACAAUCUUGGAAGCUUGAAGGAUACCGUACAGGCCGUCGUUGGUCAGUGCGAGAAGGCUCUGAGGCAGAACAUCAAGGAUGCUUUAGAUGUCCAGGUUCUUAGUCAUACGACUGUGCCGGCUGGUAAAGGACCCGGGAAGGCAGCCAUGCCCGCUCCUGGGAACACACCGGCAUUCAGAGCUACCCUGUGGACGAACCUUGAGAAACUGAUGGACCAAAUACAUGCUGCUUGUGGACAGGUGAAUCAUUUACAGAAAGUGUUGGUCAAGAAAAGAGAUCCAGUGACCCAUGUCUGCUUUAUGGAUGAGCUGCAGAAGGAUGGUCGUGGAAAUAUAAUGCUCUCAUUCUGGAUGUCCCUAACACAACUGAUGAAGGAAGAUUUUGGAGAAUUGGCCAAUGCAUCAACUUUCAUCAAACAGGCCUUUGAAGGGGAGUAUCCCAAACUUCUCAGACUAUACAAUGACCUGUGGAAAAGGCUAGAACAGUUCAAUAUUGUUUCUGUAGCAACAUCACUAGUCGACGCCCAGGGGGUUUCUCAGUCACCUGUCGUUGAUAUGUACGUUGGUCUCAAAGUUGAAGAGGAUUAUAGCCCUGAGAAAGCCUUGAAGGAGUCCCUGUUCAUCUUUGAGACGGCAUACCUCUCAAGGUCCUUAUCACGUCUCUUUGAUCCAAUCAACCUGGUCUUCCCUAGUGGAGCAGCGUACCCCCCAUCGGAGAGUGAGGUGGAGAACAUCGCCAAGACAAUCCAGAGUGAGCUGAGUGUAGCCAGUGUAGACUCCAACCUGAGCAUACUUGUUGCCAAGAACGCUUCUAAGACUGUCAACCUCUACGUCAAUAAAUGUGAACAACUGCUGUGUACCGAUGGUGAUGCUAGUCAGGUGAUAGCGCCCCCUACUGCCGGUCAAGCUAAGAAUGCAGCUGUGGUGAAUUCCCUCUACCAGUUCCAUCAUGCCAUCAGUAAGGUCACACAGGCCCUUGGAGCUUACCCCGAGAAUGCCAUUUCUAUCGUCGAGGGCUCCCUUCAGAUCGUAGUAACCAUGAUGAGUAACGCUAUCCAGCCUCUGUUAGCAUCCAUUGCUGAUUCUAUUGAAGCCAUUAUUCUAACCAUGCACAGUGAAGACUUUAAAACUGCACCUGUUCCUAAGGAUUCCCCCGAUGCUCCAUGUUCCCUGUAUAUGAGAGAGUUACAAGGGUUCAUCGCUAGAGUACAAGGGACUUAUCUCUCUCAAUUCAACUGCACGGAUUUCAUAAUAGACAGUUUACACAGCAUAGCAUGUGAAGCCAUUGAACUGUUCGUAAGACAUGCCAGUCUGCUUCGACCUCUCGGUGAAGGAGGCAAACUGAGAUUAGCUGCUGAUUUUGCUCAGAUGGAGUUAGCUAUUACGCCUCUGUGCAGACGACCUUCCGACCUAGGUCGACCUUACAAACUCCUGAGAGCCUUCAGACCAAUGCUCUUCCAAACACCAGAACACAUCUCAAGCAGUUCAGCGUUAGGAGACAUCAUCCCGUAUUCUACCAUCCUCCAGUUCCUCUUUGCUAGGGCUCCCUCAGAACUCAUGUCACCUCAUGAGGUUGCUGGAUGGUCCACCUCUAGAUAUUCCCAGUGGAUGAGUGAACACACAGCCGAGAAAGAGAGGCUUGCAUUAAUCAAAGGUACGCUGGAGGCCUAUGUUCAAUCUGUGAGGCAAAGACAAGGGAAGGAGUUUGCCAGUAUCUACCCAGUCAUGGUCGAUCUCUUACAAGCUGGACUCAAAGCUGUCGAAAAGAAAACAUGAUCUACAUGUACAAACUCUGUUCUGAAGGAUGAGGUUGUCUGAACCCACUCUCCAAUCUUCAUCUGUAGAGCGUGCAUUUCGGAAGUGGUGUUUACAUGAGAACUGUCAAGCUGUCGAGAAGAACGGUUGAUCUACAAACUCUCUUCUGAAGGAUGAGAUCGUCUGAACAUGUGCUCCCGUCUACAUCCGUACAGUAUGUAUAUUGGAAGUGGUGUUUACACAAGCCCUUUUGUGUGAAGAUGACUGGAAGGGACUAUCGAAGCAAAGCUUUUUUUCUUCCUGAACAUCUUAACCAUAAGAUGUGAUCUUAGAUGGUACAUGUAGACAUGUAGGGCAGAAUUAUUAUUGAGAUGUAGAACAUUCCAGAAUUUUUAUGGUAAUUUUCAUGUAAUGUACAAAGUACAUUCCUACGUUUCUCUUUACUGCAAAUGUAUUCUGACAUGACAGACUAGGCAAUGUGGCCUACGCCAAGCUGCAUAAUCCAAGCUACAUGGUAGAUGUUAUGAAUUGAUGUAGAGGUUCAAAGUUUGAGCCUUGCUCACAUAUUUUGGAUAAUGAUGCUAAAGGUUGCCCCCAGAUGUAAACAAAAAUUACAUAUGAUUGAAACAUGUCUGUUAAAUCUCGGUUACACACAUAAGUAUUCAUACACAAAGGGGGUCAAGAAACCAUUAUUAACAUGAGACCCUCGUGUAGAAGACCUUUUUAUGUUGUAUUUAUUUCUCAUGUAGAAGACUUAAAUGUAAAAAGAGAAGUUAAAUGUACCGUGUUGAAUAACCCGGUCCACUAUCGGUGUGGUCCAUGCAUUGUUAUUUCACGCUGAACCCACAUCUCAAAUCUCAUAAAAAGUACUUAUUAAUCAAAAUUAAUUAAUUAGGAUGAAACAUUGAUUUUUUUUCAAUAAUAUGCUCUCUGUGUUAAUAAAUUUCAAUUAACCUCUAACUUUCACAUAAAUCUCUAUGGAAUUACAGAAAGUUUUUUAGUACUCACAUCAAUUGAGACAAUCGACCGGGUUGCAAUAAGAGAAGAAUAUCAGGCAGGGGGGAUGACUGCCCGCCCCGAUGGUUUUUCAACUAAUGGAAAAAAGAGGGAAAAAGAGUGGGAUGGUUAAUAAAGGGAAGAAAGAAAGAUACAGAAUAUUAAAAAAAAAUAUCAGGGCCAUGCAACCCUAUAAUGUCUCUAUAAUUCAAUUGAGAUAUAAAUAUGGCAUUGCCCUUAGUCUUCUCCCCCCCCCCUGGGGCUGCCCCUCAAUACAACCAAUUAUUGUUUCAUUUCUCUUUGGCAGCAAUUGAAAAAAAGAGGAUUUGUGUUAAAUCCUACAAUCUUGGCAAUUAAAUGUUUUUAUUCUCAGUUCUGACCUCCGUGCUGAGAGACUGAUUUCUUGAGGCUGCUUUAUAUGGUCAUUUCUUUCCAAAGGUUUCCCUAAUAAUGUGUCAUUCAUGCAGUGACAUAGCAAUGCACAGGGCUCUUUGCGUAACCAAUUGAAAGUGAUUUUAUUCUCCUUUCGAAGCCCCCAUGUAGUUUUCCCAGGGGGGCCAGUCAAAUAUAUUGCUGUACGUGCAUGACCAAAAAACACGUUUAUUAAGGAGUGUUUUUUCAGUUUUGGACGAGGGCCACGCAUGGACUCGUAAAGGGUAUUUAAAAAAAGAGUGGUUUUGAAAGACUGGUCAGUGGUCAAUUGUUUGGUCAAACGUAUUAAAGUUUUUUUUUUCCAAAGAUUUUUUUUAGGGGUCAUAUUCCCAACAACAACUCAUUUAGGGGCCAAAGUGUGUAAAUGAAGCCCCUGAAAAACUUGUUUUGGGGGUUAUUUUGCACACAGAGAAAAACUUGUUUAGGGGGUGUUUGGAAAUAAUUUGGUCAUGCAUGUGUACAGCAAUACAUUUGACUGCCCCCCCACGCGUGGGGUUAGUUAUGGCCGCCAAGAUUACACAUUGAUUUGGAGUCAAAUUUCAUGUUCAGAAUAUUAGUAGAUUUGAUCAAUUUUGCCUUUGUAAAUAAGAAUAUUUAUGUAUAUUUUUACGAUGCAUUUUUUAGUCCAGUCAAAAUAAGCCAUGAAAACUAAAAAUGCAAUACCGUUUUAUUUGGACCGUCUUAUCGCUGAUCAGCCAAUGAUCAUUGUUAGCCUGUUUGAGUAUUUCAUGAACAUUUCAUGAAACAGAUAGCCAGUGAUUUUCACUGACUAUUGUUAUAAGUUACUGAAAUCCUUGCAUCUGAUUGGCUCAGAGCAAAUCCGUCCGUGAAAAUCAUUGACAUUAUGCUUUAUGAAACAUUCCCCAGACCAUACUGCUGUAUCCUUCAAGGUUAAGUCCACCCCAACAAAAAAAAGGUGAUUUUAAUAGUGUAUGAAUCAUACAAUACUUCAAAUUUUGCAGUUUGAAACUAAAGCAACUUUUUUAUUGAAUCACAAUAUAUUACAACAAUGACAAUUCCACAUGGUUAGGGAAGAAUUAAAAUAUUCACAUUGUUAUGAUGAAAAAUUUAGAUAUGUCAUAUUUCAAAGAGUAAAAUACAAAGGAAAUAGUGAGUGCAUCAUUUCCCUCAUUUGCAUACCAAAAAGGAAAAUUAAGCGGAACUUGUUAAAUUUGCAUCGUAUCCGAAGAAAUUUUCUAUAUUAUACUUAUUUGAUUGUCUUUCAAUUACAUUUAAACCAACCUUUUGUUCGGAUGGACUUCCUGUAAAGAGUAUUAUUAAAAAUAACUAUAAUAUUGCAUUCCUAAAUUGUUCCUGAUAUUCGGGUACUUCAAUUAUUACAUUAUAGCUGGGGCUGUUUCAUAAAGCUGUUCCAAAUUCAGUUAUUUUGACUGGACUUUUUGUUAUUAAAUGACUGUCUGAUUUUGCCUCUGUGUAUUUAUUUCUUGUUUAUAUGAAAAUAUAUAUAUAUAUAUGUUUUUGUCACACUCCAUUCAUUUUGCACUAUCCAUUGGCACUCUCUCUUGGUCAUUUUUCUACAUGUUCACUAAAAUAAAAUCCCUGUCGAAAUUAAAUCAUCAUGUCUAGGGUCACAUCCUAACCGGGUCAAAAUGACCAGGGAAUAAGGUCAGAGGUUACCACUAUAUCAUAUCUGGUCAUUUCUGUGUUGCAUCUGAAGAGGGUGUGGCGCCAAAUGAAUUUAUUUCCAGGUCUACUCGAUCCCAAGUAAUUUUUUUUCUCAUUUCUUUAAUAAUUGAUUACCAUUUCAACAUCCAUAAAAUCAGUUUUCCGUUUAUCUGAGACAUUUUCAAAAGUUCAAAAAUUUGGAGCCAAGUAUGGAAAUAUUUUAUUCUAUUCACAUUGACUUUCAAAUUGUUUCUUGAAGGGUAUCGCAAAGUAAGUGUCCCUAGAACUACACAAGUUUAGUUGUCCUUACCCAUACAAAUGCAAAUCGGGGAAAAUUUUAGUGUCAAGACAAGAUAAAUACGUGAUUUUUUUCUGAUGAUAUUUUGCUAAUUUUAAGUUACAGAAAUAGGCUUCCAAAUAAAUAAGUGAUAAUUCAUUAAUAAAGGGCCAAAACUAUAACGAUAAGUAUAUAAGACGUGUGGAUGUGCAUUAUGGUUAGAUUUAAAAUCAUUCACUGAUUGUGAUAUGUUGUUUUCAAAUCAUUAUACUUAUUUUGAAUAUAAACCAUUGAUUUUUUAGAUGAUGAAAAAUGUUUAUCAUGGAAGGAUGUUUUUAGCUUGAAAAUCAUGUUUACUUCAUUUCAAUUCUGCUGAAAAGGCUUUGAGCCUACCCCCCCCCCC